AUGUCAACACAGGAAGAACUAGCUAAUAUCGGCAAAGUACUCAGUUUUCUUCGAGAGUGGGACCGUGGUGACAGGACAGUCCGCAGCCGCAUGUUGAACACCUUCCUGGCUGAAAACACAGGGAAAACGUGUUAUGAGCUGGAGCUGGAGUUUGCACAGGUUGCCAGCCUCUUCCUGGCUCGACUCACCACCUGGAUGAGACUCACAUACAUGUUUGGGACAUUUUUGGCUCUGAAGCUUAAAGCUAUUGGGAUUUUCCUCUCUGCAUCAAGACAUGAUCAGUACCUGACGGAGUUUCUGGCGGAUGGAGGUGUCCUCACUCUGCUCGACAUCUUGAGCCAAAAUCAGAGCAAAGAGAUGGACAAGGCAGAGGCCCUCCGUCUGCUGCUCACCAUCUCAAAUGCUGGGCGCAAGUACAAAGAGGUUAUCUGUGAAAGCCAUGGUGUGAAAUCCAUAGCAGAGUGCCUGGCAAAGUCAGACACAGAUGAAACCCAAGAGACAGCAUGUGCCUUGUUGGAGUCACUGUCACAAGGAAACCCAAAAUAUCAAAACCAAAUCUACAAAUGUCUGAUUGCUCUCAUGACUUUGGCCUCCCUGAAGGCCCAGCAGCUGGUCCUGCACACCUUACACUCAGUUCAAAUGAAAUUGAAAACAGCCCAUCACAGCAUCGUAGAGCCGCUACUGAAUAUGCUCGGGUCCCUGCAACUGGAGGUUCAGAAUGAAGCUAUAAAUCUGAUUUUAGACCUUAGAUGUUAUGAUGUGAAGCCGCUGCUGCUCAGUGGAGUGGUGGCUCUGCUGAGGCCUACUAAAGAAGUGCAGCAAGACCUGAAUAUGGAAGAGUCUGAGACAGUCAAGAUGACUGGAUAUCUGCCUAUGUUUGUGCAACAAGCUGCUGCAGCGAAAACUAUACGAUUGCUGGCUGAGAACAGCCAAGAGAUUUCUCGUGAGCUUCUCUCUCUUGAAGUGAUCCAACAUCUUCUGUACGCUAUGGGCAACAGAGAACACACUGAUGCUCAAAUACAAGCCAGUCUGGCCUUGAAGCAUUUUAUCUGCUCAUACCCAGUUAUUGGGGAACACGUGCAGAGAGGAAUCGGCAGCACGCUUUUUGAAACAUUAAUGCACCAAGCUGACACUUUGUACAUGAAUAUGGAUGAAACACAAGCAGAAAUCCUGCUAACUAACAAGGUUAACGUAACUGAAGUUUUGGAUGGUGUCAAGUCUGAAGGCUGACAAGAGGGACAAAUUAUUUUAAUAAUGCAGAAAAUUAAAAUAGUAAAUGUAUGUAAUUAAUUUUUGUAUGUUAAAGUGAUAAAUUUGGAUUUUAAUUGUUAUUAUAUGCCCAGCUGUUGUUAGUUUGCUUAACACAAUUUAAGUAUUUAUUUUCAUGUUUCUCACAGCAUUUGCAGUUGUGUUUCUUUUUUUUCUUUUUUCUGAAUGAUAGUUUACAGUUUGGUUACUUUCAAUAUGCUCUAAUAAAAUAAAAGUGCUUUAAUUUAGGGUAAUGUUAAUUAUAAUCAAUAAUAGUCUAUAUUAAAUUCCAAGGGCUCAACCACACAGACAACACUUACACAAUUUUAAAUUUGACCCGCCCACCGGAGAUGACG